AUGGCGACGCGCGAGGAGUGGAGCAUGUCCGACUUCGAGAUCGGCAAGUACAUCGGCGAGGGCAAGUUCGGCAAGGUGUACCUCGCCCGCGAGAAGCAGAGCGGGUACGUGGUGGCGCUGAAGGUGAUAUUCAAGGUGAAGCUGGAGAAGUACCGCUUCCACGCGCACCUGCGGAGGGAGAUCGAGAUCCAGCGCGACCUCGACCACCCCAACGUGCUCCGCCUCUUCGCCUGGUUCCACGACGAAGAGAAAGUCGUCCUCGUCCUCGAGUACGCGGCCCGUGGCGAGCUCUACAAGGUCCUUCGCGCCGCUGGCCGCUUCGACGAGCGCACGGCCGCCACAUAUGUCGCGAGCCUUGCUGGUGCACUGGCAUACUGCCACAAGAAGGGAAUCAUACAUAGGGACAUCAAGCCUGAGAAUUUGCUGCUCGAUCUCGAGGGCCGGCUUAAAAUUGCAGAUUUUGGAUGGGCAGCUCGCUCGAAUGCUAAACGACACACACUCUGCGGCACAAUCGACUAUCUGGCACCAGAGAUGGUAGAGAAGAAAGCUCAUGACCAUGCCGUGGACAACUGGACCCUGGGAAUCCUGUGCUACGAGUUCUUGUAUGGUUCACCUCCUUUUGAAGCCGACGAACAGUAUGAUACCUUGAGAAGGAUAGUUACGGUGGAUUGGGCGUUCCCUUCAACUCCUCGUGUGUCUUCAGAGGCGAAGGAUCUCAUUUCCAAGCUGCUAGUUAAGGAUUCAAGCAAGAGGCUUUGUCUUGAAGACAUCAUAAAGCACCCGUGGAUCCAAAAGAAUGCAGAACCUUCAGGGAGUUGCAUCAAGCACAAAGAUGUAACAAGAGCAAAGUGCUUGCGAGCUCUGGACGCCAUAUCUUUGGAAUGCCCUGACCAGUGCCUCAGACGGGGGGUGGCAGCUGCUGUGCUGCAGUUCUUCGACUUCUUUUCGACGAACAAGCAGAAAGUGGCGCUCCAGAUCGUCUCGAACAUCUUCACCGAUUAUGAUGAAGUGAAUGCGCCUAAGGCCAUGGAGGCUGUGCCUGCACUGUGCAACCUCCUGCAGUAUUCUGAUAGGAUGAUUCUCGAAUCCGCUAUUUCAUGCUUGGCAUUGGUUGCUGCUGGUGCUUCUGGAAAUGCUAAACACAUGAGUAAGCUCUGUGAAUCGAAUGUGGUCGAGGUAACAAUGACCUUGAUGGAUAAUGAGGGGUGGAAGAGCCUCAGUGAUGCCACCUUAACUGGCAUCCUGGGGCUGCUUAAAAGUCUUGUUGCUGUCUCCGCAAAGGCUGUGAAGUCUCUUUUUGAGUUUAAUUUUUGUGAAUUGCUCAAGCAGAUGAUAACUUAUUACAGUUACUUGCACCAUGAUAGUGAUAAGGUCCAGAUUCUUGUGGAGCUCAUUUACCAGCUUAUGCCACCUCUUGAAACCUCUGGUCAACAUGCUAAACUAGUCACUGCAAAGAGGAAACUCAUUAUGAGACAAAGUCGAUACAUGAACCAGCUUGCUAGCAUCGUCGCCCUUAUAGUACAGGUUGCAAAAUCUGCUGCGCUAUCAUCAAUUUGCUACAGAUGUGUUGUUGUCAUUGGCAAGAUUGUUGAAUUAAGCACACCUAAUUUCCUAAUGGAGUUACAGAAGACUGUAAAUCUCUCAAGCUUUCUUAAUUGUUUGUUGGCCCGGAAAAACCAACACAUCUUAUUCGAAACACUCAAGAUUUCAAGGACCCUUUUGGAAAAAGACCAGCGCUUUUCCUUGGAGACCUUGACCAAGGAGGGUGUAAAGCAUGCAAUUGAGUAUAUAGUAUCACAAUCAAAAAACAUCAGUCACCAGUCAGAAAGAAACAACAGCGUGAAAGAAAGUUGCCUUUGCUUUGACCUGGAAUCUUCCUCGACUGUUGAGGCAUGCAGCAUUGAGAAUGAUGCUGUCAUGGAACUAGCAGAAGAGAUAAAGAAAAACUUCUUCUCGGUAAAACGGAGCAAAAAAUCUCCACAUAGGUUUGGAUUUACUCUCAAAAGUGUCAGGGACUUUUUUGCUAGGUUGAAUGUAUAUGCCUUGACACACCCUGCUGAAAAUCCUGAUAGCUGCAAGCAGUUGUCUGAUCUUUCAAGGAGCUUAUUAUCAGAUGAACUGCUAGUUACUUCCACUUUUGAGUUUGUGCAGAGUGGGUCUAUCAAAUGUUUUGCAGUUUAUCUCUCAAACGGGGCAUACUGCAAUGCAGACCUCAAUGAUGGACCUGUACUUGAGCAGCUUAGUAAGGUGCAGAGUCAGCUGCAGAAAUUUGCUAAUUUGGCUCUCACCCUCUCCAAUGAAAGUUCAGCAAAUCCACUUGGGAUUUUGGUGGAGAAGCUGCUAGACACUUUGCACAUGUGCUAUGACAGUUUUCCUGUAAUGCUAUCUGAUGAACAGAUUUCACGAGAGAGCAUGAUGAUUCCGCUGAGAUAUCCUGAGGCCCAGAAACCAACGUCAUUGGAAUUAAAAUUUCGGAGGUCGCAGAAGGAGAGAGAAUUACGCAACUACAAUGGUGUUCUUAGUGUCGACCUUUUCUCAACACCUGAUACCACUGAGCCAAUUCUAUUUCGUGAGGUCUUUAGAAGAACUGAUCAGGAACCUGCAUCCAAGAAUUCCAAUCAAGAGAAAGGAGCAAAUGGGAGCAGAAAAUCAGUAGAGUCCAAAAAUGAUGAUGGGAACACAUCCUCAAGACUGAGAUUCUUGUACAAUGGCGUGACACUCCAACCAUCUGUUACAUUUUUUGAGUCGAUCCUUCGUCUGAUGAACAAGGGACAAUCUGAUCUCUUGAUCGACCCAUCUUUCUGGGAAGAAGAACACAACAUAACCUAUAGGAAAAGAAACAAAAGCAAGGAGAUCUCUUCUCAGAGUUCCUACUAUACUCAGUUAUCGUACGUGCAAGAAAACCUUCAACGCGCAUGGUCAAAGGACCCUUUUUUCACUGCCCUACUUCAUGGCAAACUUCCUGGUGAUCUGGAUGUGUCUGAUCUGUCAUACAAUCUUUUAUUCAUGCUGAAAGUUCUUGAAGGGCUGAACCGUUUUUCAUACCAACUGUUGAUGGAUGAACAGAUAAACAAAUUUGCUGAAGGAACUCUACAAGAUAUGGAUCUUGAGGUGGCAAGAUAUGCAGUUCCAAGACAUCAGUUCAUCAGUAGCCUUCUCGCAAAUAAGCUAGAGGUGCAAAUGCAAGAUGCCUUGUUUGAGGAUGGCCUCAUACCCUCAUGGUGUGUCUAUCUGGUUGAGACCUGCCCAUUCCUGUUGUCCUUCGACACACGGUGGAAGUACUUCUGCCUGACUGUGCAUCGCUCAUUCAUUCCGGACCAAGUUAACAGUUCUCCAGAACAGGUUCACAAUAUUUUAAACCAAGUUACUGGUCACUCGGACCAGGUUAAGAGUCCUCCACAAAGUAAAAGGUACAGGGUAGCCCGAAGUGCUAUCCUUGAAGGUGCUGUAUCAGUGAUGACCAGUCAUGGCUCAAGCAGUAGGAUCAUUGAGGUGGAGUUCGAAGGAGAGGUUGGGACUGGGCGAGGUCCAUCAUUUGAAUUCUACACUACAGCUAGUCAUGAACUUCAAAGGACCGGGCUUGGAAUGUGGAGAGGAGACAGUGGUGAACAUGGAUUCAUUCAUGCUCCUUUUGGACUAUUUCCAAAGCCGUGGUCAUCAUCAGGCACUUCAUCACAAGGAGUUGAUUUUACUAAUAUGCUACAAAAAUUCAAGCUUUUAGGGAAUCUUGUAGCGAGAGCAGUUCUAGAUGGAAGGAUCCUGGAUAUUCCACUUUCUAAAGCAUUUUACAAGGUCAUGCUUGAGCAGGAGCUCGAUAUAUAUGACAUCCCACUGUUUGAUCCUGAGCUGGGCAAGACAGUAAUAGAGUUUCAAGCACUUGUUAGCAGGAAGAAAUUUUUGGAAACCUCUUCCAGAGCAUCUAACCCUAAGGCUGAUUUGUCCUUUAAAAACGUGAAAUUGGAGGAUUUGUGCCUUGACUUCACUCUUCCUGGAAAUCCUGAAUAUGAACUUGUUACUGGAAGCUCAGAGAAGUUAGUAACACUUGACAGUUUAGAUGAAUAUGUAUCUUUGGUUGUUGAUGCAACACUGAAGAGCGGGAUUGCCAAGCAGAUCGAGGCUUUCAAGUCUGGAAUUAAUGAGGUUUUUGCUCUUAAGGCCCUCAAAAUGUUUACAGAGGAGGAAAUGGAACGCAUACUAUGUGGUGAACAGGAUGCUUGGGCUUUAAAGAACCUUGAGGAUCACAUGGAGUUUGAGCAUGGCUACGAUAUGAGAAGUCAACCGAUUAUUAUUUUCCUGGAGAUAUUGCGAGAGUUUGGAAGAGAGGAUCAGCGGGCUUUCAUACAAUUCAGUACUGGAGCCCCUCAGCUCCCGCUUGGUGGCCUAGCUUCGCUUGAUCCCAAGCUCAAUGUCGUACGCAAGCAAUGCGAUGGCAAUGUAGACGACGAAUUGCCAAGUGUCAAUACCUGCCGGCACUUUAUCAAGCUCCCUCCUUACUCCUCGAAGGAGAUAAUGAGAACGAAGCUCAAAUAUGCCAUUACAGAGGGUCUAGGCUCCUUCCACUUAUCAUGA